AACUCCACUUUCCUGAGUUUUGUCGGCUCACUCUCCCCGCAGAUACGGAUUUCUCGGCAGUCCAACAGGGUCACGGCUCCGAUUGUAUUUGAGAUUUUGGGUCUCUGGGCGUUUGUUGGUUGCUGCAAAUUCAGAUGGAAGCUUUGUAUUCGAAGCUUUACGAUAAGUACACCAAACUCAAGAGAUUAUUUUUUGCAGAAGAAAAAAUGGCCCGAGUUGGAGAAGCUUGGUAAAGAUCAAGAAGUAAAGUUUGUGACUUAUGUGAAUGCUGCAGAGGAGCUGAUCCAACACUUGAAAAAUGAAAAUGACCAAUUGCGUGCUCAGGUUGAUGACUUGAGAAGUGAAGUAGCCUCUAUUAGGUCCACCAAAGAUGAACAGUUUUCUGAGUACCAAAAAUGUUUAGUGGAAGAGAACCAGAAGAAUAAAGUUCUUUCUGAAGAAGUAGAGAAGCUUCGGAAGCUACAACAGGAGGACAUUGUUUGCACUCCGAAGGAUGGCAGAAAUGAUAAUGGACAACUAAUCGUGCCUAGAGAUGCACACGUUAUAUCGGAAGUGUCCAAUAGCUCAUCAAGAAAACGUAGCAGGAUGUUUGGCUCUGAGAAUCAGGAGGAUGAUGCCAUGCAAAGAGAAUCUGAGAAAAACUUAUCCAAGGAAACUGUGUCCAGUAGUGUUUUUGUAAAUGUUCAGCAGCCGGAAUGCUGUAGAAGAACAAUUGAUACAUCAGGUGGUGGUCUGAAUGAAUGUGGCUCUGCAUACUGCUUGUUUCAAGCUUUUGUUGAGUAUUUGGUGGACAUGAAACUAUCUGUUGUUAAUCAAACUGAGGGAAUGUCUAUUUCUGCCCUACAUCAAUCAAGUGGGUACUCAUUCAGUCUAACAUGGAUCGACAAACCAUCUGGAAAGGGAGCAGAACUUCUGUACCGUGUCUUAUCAUUGGGAACAUUUGAGAGAAUAGCACCAGAAUGGAUGAGGGAGGUCAUUAUCUUCAGCACAAGCAUGUGUCCAAUCUUCUUUGAAAGAGUAUCCCGUGUUAUCAAGCUGCAUCACUAACGAUCCUCUUCACAAGUGCAGUUUAGGUUGCUGUUGCUGUUACUGUCAAUCUGACUUUCUGCAAGUCUUUUGCAAAUUGAUGGCUGUGGCUGUGGCUGUGGGAGCAGACGUUUUUAUGGGCUAAUCUAAUUGUGUUUGUACAUUAGACCAGGGAACUGAGCGAUUUGAUAUAAACUGAGAGAUCUUCUAAUGUAAAUACUAUGAUGAUCCGUGGAUACCUUGAUUAGCAGUAUGAUUUUCUUGAGUUAAAAAGAAUUUAGAAUGUAUUCAGUGAGGUUUAUGCAA